AAUUCUAACAUUUGAUGUGGCAACGCUGUAAACAACUAUUUACAUUCAGGACGUAAACAAUCAAAUUGCAUAUUGCUCAGGUGGAAAUGUUCGAGUUUGUAAAACAUCUUUUUAAAUUACAAUUCCUGCUAAUAGUGAUAGCUAUUUUUACCGGUGUUUAUUACAAUCAAAUUAUUAACUGGAUUGUGGUCAAUUAUGCGGAAUCGCCCAGUGAAAGUAUAGCAAUUAAAUUCGAAAAUCCCAACGAUGAGCCAGCGUUAUCGGAGCGGCUUUUCACGCGUGAUGAUUUGGCACAAUUCAAUGGUGAAAAUGACGCACCAUUAUAUUUGGCCAUCAUUGGUACGGUAUUCGACGUAACUAAAGGUGUCAAACAUUACGGGCCAGGAUGCGCGUAUAAUUUCUUUGUUGGACGCGAUGCUUCAGUGUCAUUCAUAAAUGGUCAAUUCGAGAAAUUUGACGAAGAGAAAGCCGAUGACGUUAUCUCAUUAAGACCCAGUGAUCUUAUUAGUUUAGAAAAUUGGCAACAAUUUUACCGGAAAGAUUAUGUUUAUAAGGGUAAACUAAUUGGUCGCUUCUAUGAUGCCAAUGGCGAACCAACAACUUACAAUCACAAAUACAUGAUGCUUUUGGAACAAGCGAAAGCCGCUAAAGCGCAAGCCGAACAAUUGCGUGAAAUCUAUCCAGAUUGCAAUAUUGAAUGGUCUGUAGAGCGGGGCUCACAUGUAUGGUGUACCACAACUAGCGGUGGCAAGCAGCGUGAAUGGUUGGGUUAUCCACGACAGUUGUUCGAAAUUGGUGCUAGCAACUUCCGUUGCGCUUGUGUGCAAGAAAAAGACUUGGACACCACUGAGGUGAUGCUGAAGGAGUAUGAUGAUUGUGCGCCACAUUCACAUGAGUGUUACUAUAAGGUGGAUUAGCAAAAUUAAAUGUACAUAUGUGUUGUGUGUAUGUUUCCGGAACUGCUCUAAAAUGUUAUAUGUAACAAUUUAUAUUGAAAGUUUUAUAAAUUUUAGUGAAAAAUCAACAAGUAUUUAACCUGUUCAACUUUAUACUAAAGCAUUUUGUGUACUUAAACGUUUUAUAAAAAAAAGUAUUUGCGCUUAACAUAUCCAACAAUAUAGAGGCCUUAGUGUUCAAUUUUUGUACAAUAUAAUAAAUAAAAAACGUAUUUACCCGAAA